GGGAUCGUUCACGGAGACGGGCGCCCGGCGGACAGUUUGGAAAAUAUUGGAAUAACCACCGCCUGCCGGCUCCCGCCGAGCGCUACCAGCAGAUAGGCAACCGGCGCCGGUUCGGUCGUGUAGUCCACUGCGCUCGUCCGCGAUUCACUGGUCGUCAAUUAGUAAUUUCAGUCGCGCUGGUGUUUCGUGUUUGCCGCCGCGACCGUUUGAUUGCAUAAUAAAAAAAAAUUGUUCCAAGGUACGCCCGACGGACGGUCUUUAUUGUGUCGUCUGGUCGACGAGUUGGUUUUUCUGUUUUCUCCGACCAUGACGACGGAUCUCGUUCUCAUUCUAUGACAGCCGCUAUACGAACAACCGAACAUUAUGGGAGCCAAAGUGUCCAGGACCGAUUUCGAGUGGUCGCCCACGGAAGAGCCGCACGCGACGCGUAGGAAAGAGAUUUUGGAAAAGCACCCAGAAAUCAAGAAACUUUAUGGUCCAGAUAAGAAUUUUAAAUGGAUUGUUGUAGUUACUACAGUAUUACAGUUGGGGUCUCUUUAUUUGAUUAAAGAUUUAAAAUGGCCAACUGUUAUGAUUUUAGCCUAUUGUUUUGGAGGUGUUGUAAAUCAUUCAUUGAUGCUUGCAAUCCACGAAAUUGCCCAUAAUAUGGGAUUUGGACCAAAAUAUCCAAUGUACAAUAAAUUACUGGGUAUGUUUGCUAACUUACCCAUUGGUCUUCCAUUCUCUGUCACUUUUAAACACUAUCAUCUAGAACAUCAUCGGUACCAAGGAGAUGAGAAACUUGAUACAGAUAUACCUACAUACGUCGAAGCAAAAUUAUUUAAUUCAACAUUUGGAAAAUUUAUCUGGGUAUUAUUACAGCCAUUUUUCUAUGCUUUAAGACCUAUGUUUGUAUAUCCAAAAAAUCCUACAGCACUUGAAAUCAUAAGUGUUACUAUUCAGUUGGCAUUUAAUUAUUGGGUAUAUUUAUAUUUUGGUACAAAAGUAAUAACAUAUAUGUUAGCUGGUUCAUUGAUGGCGAUGGGUCUUCAUCCAGUAGCAGGUCAUUUUAUUUCUGAGCAUUAUAUGUUUCAUAAAGGAUAUGAAACUUACUCUUAUUAUGGUCCAUUAAAUUUUAUAACAUUUAAUGUUGGCUAUCAUAAUGAACAUCAUGAUUUUCCGUUUGUUCCUGGUUCUAAACUUCCACUAGUCAAGAAAAUUGCUCCAGAAUUUUAUGAUAAUUUACCUCAACACCAUUCUUGGACAAGUGUGCUGUAUGAUUUUAUCAUGGAUCCUAAUAUUGGACCAUAUGCACGAAUAAAGCGUAAACAUAAAGGAUUAAAAUAUUAACUGUUAAGUUACAUGUUUAAUAUAAAUCAAACUAAAUGUUGAUAGACGAAACUAUAAUCUGUAUAAGAUAAGCUAUAACUCAAUUUAAUCUCUCUAUUUUUUGUUAUUAAUUUACAAAAAAUUAAAAUUAUCUAUAUAUAAAAAUUAAUUA